CCGGUUGCUUGUUGAGCUGACGGACGGGGACUGCACGCUGCAGUCGACCCUCGCCACGCGGCCGGUGCAGGAGCGAUUGCUGGACCUCCGCUUCGGAGAGACGAGUGUGGCGAAUCAAAUGGUGCUGCUCGGCGAUGUGGCGCGCGAUGCCAUUGAGGACCUGGUCGCGGCACAGUGCCCCCACGCGGUCGUUGUGCUGGACCCUCGCAGCGGCGUGACGCUCCGCGGCGAGGGCGGCCCGUACGGCGCGGUGACGGUGCAGUUGCAACGUUCCUCGGAGGCGAUCCUGUCGGCGCUCGACGAGGGCACGCACGCGCACACCCGUGUCCUCCGGUCGCAUCUUGCGCUUGCGUGCGGGGUGCGCCCCGGCGGCAAGUUGUGGCGCGCGUCCGGGGCGGUGGCGGACGUCGCGCCGGGGAUGCAAGGAACUUCGGGCGGCGCCGCACAACCGACAUUUGGUGGAUUUGAGCGGCUUCUGUUCCAGGUGAACGAGGCACGCCAGCUCAGUGUGGUGCACAUGCCGCGGGAUCAUGACGUUCCAGUGACCGUGACUGUUACUGUGUCCCCUGCUCACGGCCUGUACGACGAGUGA